AUGCACCAGGCAAGCAGUAUGUCGCUAAACGUUUCUCACACUGCUGAUGGCCGCGGUGUGCUAAUUUACAAUGGUGAGAUGAUUUUGCUGUAUACCAAGGAAGUAGAAAUUAGCUUUUCAAAUGGGCCACACCCUGCUCUUCAUGGGAAAAAGACUGGGAACCUUUAUUUGACUAGCCACAGGAUAAUCUUUCUUAAUCGACAUCUGGACGCCUUAGGGUCCUUAUCUUUACCUUUUCAUUGUAUAAGGGACCUAAAGCUUGAGCAGCCAGUUUUUGGGGCAAAUUAUUUGAAAGGAACUGCUCUUGCACAACCAGGAGGUAACUGGGAAGGCGAAGUAACUUUCAAGCUAACAUUUAACAAAGGUGGUUGCAUCGAUUUUGGUCAAGCUUUACUUAAAGCUUCGGAUAUGGCUCACCACUUCCAACCAUAUGGAGUUCCACCACCAUAUUCUGCACCUCCAACUACUUUUUACCAAGCUCCUCCUUCGUAUUAUACGCCCCCAAGCAACAAUUACAACGGUUUUCAAGCUCCUACCAACGUUUUCCCUGACCAGCCACCAGUUGGAAAUGUUUUUAUGUUCGAUGCUCCCCCGCCUUAUACUGGUAUUGGUCCUAACCAGCAACCUUAUCCGACUGGACAGUUUGGCGGUCAGAUGUACUCUACAAAUGCAGGAGGUCCAACUGCUCCACCA